AUCUAGCUCAGCCUCAAUCUCAGAUUUGAAAACUACGCGGACGCCAUACGACCAAAAUAAACAAAUUUGGUUUUGAUUUGUUUCAUUAAUUGAAUAUAUUUUGCUUUUUAUAAAUGUUUUAGUAAUUUAUUUAAAUAAAUUAAGUUUAUUCUUAUUUGUUUGAAAACUUUGAACUGCAAACAAAUUAUUUUACAGAUGCAAAAUAUGGCUUUCAAAAUAAAACAAGAGCGUAAUGGUCCUGAGUUAGAAAGUGCCAGAUCUAAAUUGGAUGAAGCCCUACAAUUUAUAAUUGAAAAAACUGAGGAAAGCCCUUCCUCCUCUGAUGAUGAUUGUAAUAAAGGCUUUUCAGACUUAAUGAUAAAAAGAGAACCAUCACCUAUUUUAUCACCUACCAAAAGACCUGUUCAAAGAACACAAAGAAAACGUCGUCGUAAAGAUGAAACUUUGAACAAAAAUGCUAAUUCAUACGUUAUGAAGCUAUUUGACCGAGCUGUCGAUUUGACACCUUUUACUGAACAGACACCACUUUAUCCAAUUUGCAGAGCCUGGAUUAAUAAUCAGUCAUUAUAUAAACCAGUUACGACACCUAAAGAAGAAAUUGUAAGUGAGGAUGUAGAAAGCUGUGAAGACACAGAUAAGGGUUCUGAAAAUCCAGUGACAGAAGAUGUCUAUCAGCUUCCACCUCCUCGUCCCUUGCAAGGUAGAGACUUAAGAGUUCCAUCUCCUGUUCCUCAACCUGUUGAUCACUUUGUCAUUUGUUCAGAUGGAUCAAAUAAAACAAAUACUACAGACGCAUUAAUGAUCAAACAUUUACUUCACUGGAAAGCUGUGAGACAAAAGUGGAAACAGGCUGCUAAAGCUAAUGAAGAUCGCUAUAAAGAAAGUGGAGCUGUACUCAAGAGCAUGUUUGAAAAGGCUCAGUGUCGAGAUGAUGGCCUAUCUUCUGAGCAGUGGGAUACUCCUACUUAAGAUAUUUAUUUGUCCAGUUUUCUUUGUGACAUUUUAGAAUAACGUUUUAACCUUUUUAAUUUCAUGGAGCAUCAUACUAUAGUGAUCUAUUGACAUAUUGAUUGUAAAUAUGAUUUUGUUUAUAAAUAUUAUUGAUAAAUAAAUAUAUUUUUAUUCUUA